GGCCGCCUCCAGGGGCGAGAGCGGAUUGGGCUCGGCGGGCGCCGAAGGGGCGGGGCGUCGGCAGAGGAGGCCGUGGCGGGGCGAGGCCGGAGGCGGCCGUUGGCGGAGGGAUCCGGCGCGCGCUUGGAGGCUCCGUGAAGAGGCCCUCGGUGCGUCCCGGCUGGUGCGGCUCUGUCUCCCUCGCGACGCCGUUGCUGCCCUCGAAGCCUCCGGACGCCUCCGCCGCUGCCGCCUGGCCGACCCGGACCGGACAAUGGCUGACCAGCUGACUGAAGAGCAGAUUGCAGAGUUCAAGGAGGCCUUCUCCCUCUUCGACAAGGACGGCGAUGGGACCAUCACCACCAAGGAGCUUGGCACCGUGAUGAGGUCCCUGGGGCAGAACCCCACCGAGGCCGAGCUGCAAGACAUGAUUAACGAGGUGGAUGCGGACGGGAACGGCACCAUCGACUUUCCCGAGUUCCUCACCAUGAUGGCGAGGAAGAUGAAGGACACCGACAGCGAGGAGGAGAUCCGAGAGGCCUUCAGAGUGUUUGACAAGGAUGGGAACGGCUACAUCAGCGCCGCCGAGUUGCGCCACGUGAUGACGAACCUCGGCGAGAAGCUGACGGACGAAGAAGUGGACGAAAUGAUACGGGAAGCCGACAUUGACGGAGACGGGCAGGUCAACUACGAAGAGUUCGUGCAGAUGAUGACGGCAAAAUGAAGCCCGCAGACCGAGUGGCUGGCAAGGCCCGUUUCUCCCUUGAUAACUUUUCUCCCACACACUCUCUCUACUUAAGUAACCUGGUUCUCUACGCAAACAAAUCGGCUGUGGAAUAAAUCUGACCAAGCAAUUAAAAAGUGAAAAAAGGAAAAAAAAGAAAAACCUUCCCAACCUGCAUGAUUGCACUCAUCUCUCCUUCCUCUUUUUCUCCCUUCCUUCCUUCCUUCCUUCCUUCCUUCCUUCCUUCCUUCCUUCCUUCCUUCCUUCCUUCCUUCCUUCCUUCCUUCCUUCCUUCCCUUUGUGGAUGUCUUUGUUUCCAUCGGGUAUUCUGUUCUGUAGUCAGAGCUGGCCCUAUAUCUCAGGGUGCAGAUUCUUUCUCUCUUUUUUUGAGAACAUCCCCCCCCCCAUCACCAUCACCACUACCACCACCACGAAGGGGUAGAGAGAGUGCAACAGUCUUUUUCAGUCCUGUUCCACGUGUCCGGGCGCUGCAGUUGUGCGCGUUGACAUGGCAGUCACCACCGAGGGUCUUGCCCCAAGGAACACUGGGAGGGGGGUACAAGCAAGAAAUGGGGAGGGGUUUAUUUUUGUGUUCCUCCUUCAUUUUGUUUGGGUGGCAGGGGCAGAUCCCACCGCCUGGAUGUCCAUGGUUGAAAGAUCCCAUCGGCAUGGCCUGGAGGAGAGGUGGGUCGAAGCAAGAAGGGGGGGCGACGAGGGUCCCGGCACUUUCCAAAUUGACGCUUUCCCAAACACCCACCCGCCCGACACGUCCAUCUCCCGUCUCUUGUUCUCAACCCUGUAAAAAUUGUAAAUGUCCUUAACCAUUUCCUUCGCGUGGUGUCCGACAUCAGAGCUGCUAUGUAUAUAUAUAUAUAUAUAUAUCUGAGGCAAUGCCCCCCCCCAGAAUGGGUUGCGCCCCACGGGUAGCGACAGCGAUUGGCAGCUGGGGAGGGGGGGGACGCGCUGGGGGCGACACCGCAAUAAAAGAGGGAGGCCUCCACUUGAGUGAAUGCCAACUGCGCCCGGGUGCCCUUUUUCCCUCUUCCCUCCUCUGCAGUGCUUUUUUAAUUUCUUCUUCCGUAGUGGCUCGCGACUUACCGCCUCUUGACGCACCUGGGCUUCGGUGUCUGUGCUCGUAGCUGUGGCUUUCUUCCUUCGCCUUUUCCCCUUUUGGGCCCCCCUCCCCACCCAGCUCUUCCUGUUUCCCCCCCCCCCUUUCCUCUCCUUGCGGCAAACGGCAUGAGCUGCAAGUUUUGCUUUUCUCUCUUUCAUUUCGUUUUGGUUUUUUUUUUUUUAAAUCAAAUUUGGAGGGGGAAAAAUGUUUGGGGUGUUUUUCUCUUUUUGGGGGGUGGGGGCGAGGCCAUUGAAACGAGAAGCAGACUUCUCCCGAAUCUGGACGGGGAGCGCGUUUUUUGGUGCCGUGCGCACGGCAGGCCUGAGCCUGGCUCCCUCGGGUUGCUUGCCUCCGGCGCUCCACCGACGGGUCUGCAGAGAGAGUGGGGAAGGUUGAGCAAGAAUGUCUUUGAAAGCAGGUGGCGUUUGUUCAGUUCAAGCUGUGAAAAUAAAAAUUAUAUCAAUGUUUUCCAAUAAAAUGCAGUGACUACCUGA